GCAAGUAUUUAUCAGUCAGUGAAUUAGUAAAUAUUCGAGACAGCCAAGGCAAAUACUCACCCACAUGCAAGGUGUACUUUCAGCCCCAGCUACCAACUGACAGUGACAGAACUGCAAUACUCACUUACCUGGCAAUGGCACUGCACAGGCCCCAUUGGAGACGACCAUGCCAUCCAGCUAGUUGGGCUGAGGAAUGAGGGAUAGCCGGCUAAGCUGAGCAGCAACCCGUCGCCACACAUGGUCAGCAAUGAGAAUCCGAGAUUGACUUCGCUCUGCUAUCAAGUGCAAGUGAGCUGUGGACGAUCGUACGAGCGUAGUUCGUGCAGCACUGCUUGCAGUGACCCCCCUACUUGUCGUGAUAUUCCGGCUUCAAGGAACACUGAAAUCGCUACAACAGUACAAGCCUGAGCCAUUGAGUGACUGCGAGAUCAUAGUACGGCGAACCUGAUUGCAUAGGCAAAGAGUUUCUGAUUGGAAAGAAGAAAGAAGUCUGGUGCCCAAAAUGGCAUCUGCAUACCUUGUCAGCAACCCUGACUUCCCAGUCAAGGCAGAAUUCGCGUGGUCCAAGUUUCGUCCAUCACAAGAGAAUGCAUUAUGGCUAGCAAGUUCACCGUUCAUCCCAGAUUUGCUGAUGUUGAUGGUACACAGCAUUUUUGCCGUGUACUCAGUGGUCAUUAUCUUCAUGUCCGCCUUCGAUGGAGUAGAGAGUCCUAAGUGGUUUAUCUACCUCUCCAACUUGGGAUACUUGUCGGUUAUGCUGAGCUUUGUAGGAUUUGCUGUCAUUGGUGUGCAUCGCUACUGGCGCAAGUAUUCACUGGUACAUCAGAACUAUCCAUAUGAGGAACUCAGCCAGGCCCUUGGGGCAUGGCGCUGGUUCCAUAGCAUCCAGCAGAUCAUGUUUACAAUUGCUCUGAGCGUCAGUACCCUCAUCACUCUUCUCUACUACACGUUGCUGGCACCGGACGGCUCGUUCCUUGAUGUGUCAAUACAUGCUCUGAACACGGCCUUCUGCUUUGUUGAACUUUGCCUGAGCAACUUCAAGCUGAACAUCUUGCAAGUUAUUUACCCGUUGAUUGCUGGUGUAGUUUAUAUAGUCUUCACUAUAAUCUACGCUCUAUCAGGUGGGACAGACAUCAAUGGCAAUGACGCUAUAUACCCUCCACUAGACUGGAACAACAAGCCUGGCAACGCAGCUCUCUUGAGUCUUUUAGCUGCAUUCAUAGGUGUACCUUUGGUUCACCUCAUCUACUUUGGCAUGAUGAAGAUUAGGAUAGCUAUUGCACGCCGUGUUAGCACUACCCUACCAAGUGGAAUAGGUAUCGACUAUGAACAAGUUGAUGUGGGUACUAGUAAUGUGUGAUACUGAGUUGUCCUGGCCCACCAGCACUGGGCUAUAUACUUGAUUAUCAUACAAAGGUUCUUCA